AUGAGCUACUACUAUAGCCCGGAAGACAGACUGUCAGACAACAAUAUACCUUUGCAAAAUCGACCCUUUCAUAGGACAACUCAAAAUAGCUAUUCACAUGAGAUUGAUUACGACGAGAGCACAGACCCUUUUAACGGAAUAGCUUCUGAUGUCCCACCGCCUCCACCUCCUCAUGACUCACCGAAUCGAAUGAAUCAUAACCCCGAGCCUUCGGAUUCAUUUAAUUUCGAAAACUACUAUGAUGGUUUAGAGGGAGAUGAUGUUUCACGGAGUAGGGACGGAAUAGGUCGUAAGGGAGCUCCUAUCAUUACGUCUCCGGAUGCACCACCUCCGCCUCCGAAAGACCCACGGUAUAGUCGUUACAGCCGACUCAGUAGACAGAGCAGUAUAAUAAAUCAAGACGAGGAUGCAUAUACCAGUAUGGGUGUACUUGAAAACUCCAUGUCACAUGCUAAUAAUAGUAACGACCUGAUAUUCGACUAUGACGAGGCUAGUCCAGCCAGAAAACUCGAUAGAUCUCUUUCCAGGCUGAACAGAAGCUACACCAACAACAAUGUUACGAAUGACCCUUUCUUUUAUGAUGGUAAUUACGAUCCUAAUAAACCUCCGCCACCACCCCCCAGGGAUGACGACUAUUACGACGCACGCAAUAGGUUCGCGCGUUCUAGCCGAGCAAUGGGCCCUCCUGUGCUAUAUGAAGAUGACGAAGAAGAUGACAGAUAUAUCAGCCAGAGGGGCCAGAUGCGAGAACGAUCUGAUUCAGCGGCAGGUCUCAUGAACCGCACAGCUGUUCGACAGCGAAUCCACAAGAUUAAAUGGCUCAAACUGCCAUGGUUCUGUUGGACUGUCAGCAUUAUUCAAAUAGGUGUGUUCAUAGCCGAGUUAGUGAAAAUGGGCUCGUUAACAGGAUCACCUAUUCAAACCCAACCAUCCUUCAAUCCCAUGGUGGGCCCUUCGUCCUACAUCAUGAUAAACAUGGGUGCUCGUUUCACUCCUUGCAUGCAUUUUAUCAAUAACCUGACUGACGUAACUGGCCUAGCGUACCCAUGUCCAAACUCAACUUCAACGGACACAAAUGUUUGUUCCUUAAGUGAGCUCUGUGGUAUGGGGGGCCUGCCGCCUCCACCACAAGCUCCAGACCAGUGGUGGAGAUUCAUCACUCCUAUAUUUUUGCACGCUGGAUUUGUACACAUAGGUUUCAACCUCUUAUUGCAGCUGAAACUGGGAACUGAGCUGGAGAGGGAAAUUGGAAUUGUACGAUUCUUCAUAGUAUACUUUGCAUCGGGUAUUGCAGGAUUUGUACUAGGUGGUAACUUCACACCAGAUGGCAUUGCCAGUACAGGAGCAAGUGGAUCCCUCUUUGGAGUAAUUGCCAUUGAUUUGCUUGACCUGCUGUUUAACUGGCAACUUUACGCCUCCCCUAAAAGAAAUCUUGCCAUUCACAUUGGCGAGAUAAUUGUGAGUUUUGUCCUUGGACUGCUACCCGGACUGGAUAAUUUCUCGCAUAUCGGAGGUUUUUGUAUGGGCAUCCUGACCGGUACAGCGAUUUUGAGAUCUCCAUUAAAAAUACGGCUCAGUUCAGGAUUUGCCAUCAACCCCCAGGAGGGAGCUAAGCUUCGAGCGUCUUCAUUUGACUGGAGACAUCCAAAAGAUCAUUUCAGGGGCCGAUCAAGGUCUUGGUACCUCUGGGUGCUAGUACGCAUGGCUUGUAUUGUACUUGCUAUAGUCUACUUCGUGACUCUUAUAAGGCAAUUCCGCGAUGGUGGUGGACAUUGCAGCUGGUGCAAGUAUCUUUCUUGCCUACCUGUGCAUGGUUGGUGCGAUGAUGGCAACAUUACCACCAGUUAA